AUGCCGAUAAAAGGAUUGCCAAGUGUGUUUGAUAAAGAAACCAAGCGGCUUAGCGGCCCACAAACUGUCAUGGAUCAGAGAAGCCGCCCGCUAAUACUACAAAGGAAUUACGGUGCAUUUCUUUACAGAGACUUCGAUGGACACCAUCGUCUUGUUGGUGGAGUGUCAAUUUAUCUCAUCGGUUUGUGUUUAUCUACGUUUAUCUAUCUAUCUAUCUAUCUAUCUAUCUAUCUAUCUAUCUAUCUAUCUAUCUACAUAGAUAGUCUGUUCUUUAUCUAUCUAUCUAUCUAUCUAUCUAUCUAUCUAUCUAUCUAUCUAUCUAUCUAUCUAUCUAUUUCACUUUGUUUUCAUGUAUGUAUGUAUCCAUUUCUCUCAGUCUGUUUAUAUCUAUCUAUCUAUCUAUCUAUCUAUCUAUCUAUCUAUCUAUCUAGCCAAACCAAACCAGAACAUCUUCUUUCUUUCUUUCUUUCUUUCUUUCUUUCUUUUUUCUUUUUAUCCUUUUCUUUUUAUUUCAUCCUUUUCUUUGUUUCUUUCCAAUCUUCCGUUUCCUUUCUUUUUCUUUCUUUCUUUCUUUCUUUCUUUCUUUCUUUCUUUCUUUCUAAUCUUCCGUCCUUUUCUUUCUCUUUCAUUUCUUUCUUUCUUUCUUUCUUUCUUUUAUCCUUUUCUUUUUAUUUCAUCCUUUUCUUUGUUUCUUUCCAAUCUUCCGUUUCCUUUCUUUUUCUUUCUUUCUUUCUUUCUUUCUUUCUUUCUUUCUUUCUUUCUUUCUUUCUAAUCUUCCGUCCCUUUCUUUCUCUUUCAUUUCAUUUCUUUCAUUUCAUUUCUUUCUUUCUUUCUUUCUUUCUUUCUUUCUUUCUUUUUUCUUUCUUUUAUCCUUUUCUUUUUAUUUCAAAAAAUUUUGUUUCUUUCCAAUCUUCCUUUUCCUUUCUUUUUUUUUUUUUUCUUUCUUUCUUUCUUUCUUUCUUUCUUUCUUUCUUUCUUUCUAAUCUUCCGUCCCUUUCUUUCUCUUUCAUUUCAUUUCUUUCAUUUCAUUUCUUUCUUUCUUUCUUUCUUUCUUUCUUUUAUCCUUUUCUUUUUAUUUCAUCCUUUUCUUUGUUUCUUUCCAAUCUUCCGUUUCCUUUUUUUUUCUUUCUUUCUUUCUUUCUUUCUUUCUUUCUUUCUUUCUAA